UCUAGAUCCACACUUUGCUCCCACUUUCUUUCCUCUCGACGAACUUCCGGCUCAAACCCUUUUUCAGGCGUCAUCUUUAAUAUAUCCCUCCCAAAAAUAAAUGCUCAAACAAGUCGCACCAUAUUUAGAGUAUUUCAAGAUGAGGGAAGGAGACAACUGGUUGACAUUUAAUGUCGAUCUUGCUUCUUUUUCUCAAUUAACUAUUGUCAACCCCUCUUUUUUCAUUUUUUUUUGCUUUCUCUCCUCCCCACUCCUUGACAGUUGCCUUUGCCCUUGGAAUCCCAUCGGCUGCUAUCUGCUAACGGCCACUCUUUGCUCGCUCUUUUGUUCCCUUUUUCUUCAUUUUUGCGCAAAACUGUCCAUCAUCCUUUGGCAAUUUUAUUGUUCCACUCUUUUUUUAUCCAUAACUUUAUCCAACUUUGGCACAUCCAUCUUCCCAUUCCCACUUUCAUUCCUUUUCCCAUUCCCAUUUUCAUCCUCUUCUCCUCACUCUUAUUCCCAUCCCAUUUCGAAAAGGUCAAUGACGAGCUCACUUCCUGAUGCUGCAGACACAGCUCCUUCCUCUCAACAGUCAGACGCAGCUUUGCCUGCCAUGACUUUUCGCUCUCAUCAUCUCAAGACACAGGAACUGAAACAUACCCAUUCAUUCUCGAGCAUAUCUUCCUAUGCCUCUUCUGUCCUGUCCGAAAGUGACCAAUCCUCGCCUCCAUCCUCCUCAGAGGAAGAGCGGGUGGUUGGUACCAAAAAGAAUAACAGAAGGAAGCCCGGUGGAGGCACCCCAUUGCGCCCUGCGGGCAAAGCACACGAUUGGUACUCAGGUGGACCGAUCACCUCACAAGGGCGUUGGUUCAGGGAUUCGCAGAACAGAACCUUGCUGCUCCGAGGUGUCAAUCUGUGUGGUAACUCCAAGCUACCAACAACACCCAAUGGCAGUUCUCAUUUGAGUGAAGGGUUCUUUGAUCAUCGCAAUGUCUGUUUUCUCAAUCGCCCCUUUCCACUGGAUCAGGCAGACGAGCACUUUUCGAGGCUGAAACGAUGGGGUUUGACAUUUGUACGUCUUCUAGUGACUUGGGAGGCACUAGAACACUCUGGACCUGGUAUUUAUGAUGAAAAAUUCAUCGAUUCAUUGAUCGAAUUAAUUAAGCUGAUGCCGAAGUAUGGCAUCAAGUGCUUUAUUGAUCCACAUCAGGACUGCUGGUCUCGAUUUUCAGGCGGAUCUGGUGCACCAGGUUGGACAUUUGAGGCUGCGGGGCUGGAUAUGACAAAAUUCAAAGCCACAGGAGCAGCAUAUGUGCACAACACUAACCAAUCGGCGGGAGAUUCACCACCAAUGGUGUGGCCUACCAAUUAUACCAAACUCGCCGCCAGCACCAUGUUCACGCUCUUCUGGGGCGGAGAUGUGUUCGCACCCAAAAAGUUUUACCAGGGAGAACCAAUUCAGCAGUUCCUACAAAACAGAUAUUUGGAGUGCUAUCAACAUCUUGCAAGACGAUUAGCUCAUCUAGAUGCCGUUAUUGGAUUUGAGGUCAUGAACGAGCCACAUCAUGGGUAUAUUGGUCUCGAAAAUCUCAAGAAAUAUGACUUCAACUCCAAUCUUUUCUUUGGCGACUGUCCCUCUGCUUUAGAGGGAUUUGCGCUGGGCGCUGGCAUGACGCUCCCAAUCGAAGUUUGGGUGAAAUCAUGGCCUAUGCCUACAAAGAAACACAAGACAAGGCUAAUCAAUGAGGAGAAAGAGUCAGCUUGGUUUGAUGGCGAGUGUCUCUGGAAGCAGCAUGGUGUCUGGAGUGUGAAUCCUAAGACGGGGCAACCUCAGGUGGAUAAACCCAAUUAUUUCUCUAAACACCCAAUCACUGGAGCAAAGGUCGAAUUUUCAAGCUUUUAUCUAGAUUUUAUUGGGAAGUACUCACGAGCUAUUCAAAGUGUCCUCCCUUCAGCCUUCGUCUUUGUUGAACCUAUCCCGAAUGAGCCUCCUCCAGUUUGGGGCCCUAACGAUCAUGACGAAAACAUUGUUUAUGCACCCCAUUGGUAUGAUUUACAUUCACUCUUCAAUAAGGCCUUUGAUGGCCGUAUUACCCAUGACGUGCAGGGUUUGAGUAAGGGAAUGAAUGUAAUUUCGGCAACAUACUUUGGCCUGAAGGGAGCCAGGAAGAACUAUCGUGGGCAGCUGUCCAAUAUCUUGAACACUGGAUUACAAAAUGUUGGUAACAAACCAUGCAUUAUUGGCGAAUGUGGAAUUCCCAUGGAUAUCAAUCAGCGCAGAGCAUUCCUCAGCGGCGACUAUGGUCAUCAUUCGAAGUUUUUGGAUGCUGUCUUAUCUUCUCUGGAAGCGAACCUAUUAAACUUCACGUUAUGGAAUUACAAUGCCACCAACGAUAAUACCCACGGCGAUCACUGGAAUGGAGAGGAUUUCUCCAUCUUUUCAUUAGAUUCGCCUCAAUGCUCACCAGAUCCUUAUCGGGGCCGAUCUCCUGGAUCAGAUUCUCGUCAAACACUGAGGCAACAGGCACCCAACUUUGCGAAGGAGGUCAUGAAGCGUUCAGCUACAUCCACUGCAGAAUUCACAGCCAAAAUGAAAAUUGAUCAUACCGAUAGUGAAACCACUCUUACACAACUCGAUUCAGAGACAAAGCAAGUUGCUCAAAUCAGUCAGUCUGAGGACCUGGCCGUUCAUAAUGAAGAGGAAGAAGUAAUCGAUAUGGACUCACCGUUCGAUCGAUCAUACUUUCGCUUUGAGGAUGAACAAUCGGACGAUGGUCGCUAUCAUGAGUCGCAUAUUGGAGGGCGAGCUCUAGAUGCUAUUGUUCGACCCUAUGCAGCUAAAGUCGCUGGAGAACCCAUAUCGAGCGAGUUUGAUCUUGCAACACUGCGGUAUACAUUCCGGUUUUGUAACUACCUUCAGCCACCUGCCCCUAUUGUCCAUGUGACUACACACGAAACUCCAAAUACUACAUCUACUUCAUCAGACUCACAUAAUAACAGCGGCUCAGUACCUGUCAACUCACUGGGUUUACCAUACUCGAACCCAGAGAUGAACUCUUCGUUCAUUGGACAUCCCCCUGAAGGAACAGUGCUGGCAUUUGAGACAGAGAUCUUUGUACCAUCGUACCAUUAUGAUGAAAUGGAUAUAGAGAUUCUUGUAAGCGAUGGUGACUGGCGAUAUGUAAAGGAACGGCAAACUUUGUAUUAUAGACACAAAGAUAUGAAACCCGGUGCAAUACACUCGAUCCAGAUCAAGCCUUUGAUAACUAGCUCAGUAUCGACCAAGGUUGGAAACGGAUCAUCCUCAUCUCUUGCCAAAUCCGCAACGACACCAGACGCUAACAAUCGUAGCAAAGUGUUAAAGGGUGAUACAAAGGAGCCAUCCAAACUGAAAUAUGAAGAGGCAUAUGGUGGGGGUAGACCUCCCAAGCCAGAAGGCGAGACUGGUUGCGUGUGCACCAUCAUGUAGGAACAUAGAUAGGAAAAGAUAGAACAAAAACCUUCCUAACCAUCCUUCACGAACUCGCCCAAGUGGCUUUCGCCGUAUUCCUAUGAUACCCGAAACUUUUUGAUCCAAAGUAAUAAAAAUAAUAAAAAGCAUAAACAGAUA